AUGUCAACGAUGGAGGAACAACCUGACCCUGUCAAAACUCCUGAAGACACUCUGGCCGGUCCCAUCCCUAUCACCCCGGUGAAUCCUCCAACGACGCAGGCAUUGACUACCACGUCCGCGAUUGAUGCUACGCUGCGAUUCUUCGCGAAUGCAAGUAAUGAAACACUGGGGGCCUGCGCGGUUGGUCUGUGCGCCUCUACCUACCUCGUCCUUGGGCGUGUUGGACUCGUCUUGAUCGGCGCAGUUGGCGGCAUCGUGCUCCAUGCAACCUGGGACAGCCAACAAAGCGAAGGGCCGAAUUCAGAGAAAGGCGAGGCAGCUCGCAGGAAGAAAGAGCUCGGGAUUGAGGUGGCACACAGGCUCCUGGAUUGGCGGGACAAAAGGAAGACUGGCGACAAAGCUGAGGAUAUCUCUGACGACGGCGAGAUCGAUACCGUUGCAGAUGCUCCAACAUUGGACUUUUCAGAACUUCCUCCAGAAACAAGCAAAUCCCUCACGAGCCUGGCCGACGCUGUUAUCCGGGACUAUGUAAACUACUGGUACACGCCUUUACUGCCGAAGGAGCAGUCGUUCCCGCUCAUUUGCAGGCAAACUUUGACAAGCUUCAUCAUAUCAUUCUCGCGGCAUCUCUCGCGUAAACGCGCCGCGGACCCAUUCUUGGACUUCCUGUCCAACUCGACAUCCAUUGUGAUCGUCUUCCUGAGCGAGCUUUCCAGUGCCCUAAAGGCUUCUCCCAGCCGCGAGGCCGAAACGGCCGUCAAAACGUAUCUGCAGUCCCAGCCCGACAGCAACCUUGCAAAUGUUCUGAGCAGAGAUCAGCAAGACAGGAAAUUGACGCUUGUAGCCGAUGAUAUCCUGCACAAUUUUCUGGACUCAAAAUCGUACAAUUGUCCCCCUGUCAAGACAUUUCUUCGGCAAAUAUUGGCGGGUUUGGUGUUGGAAUCUACCAUCGAAGCGUGUUCAAAGCCGGAAUGGAUUAAUCAAUGGAUUGUAUAUUUAUUGGAAGACGGCGAACCCGAGAUUUUGAAGGAAAUCGAUGCUGGUGUUGAGGACAUGGGUGAGGCCAUGGCGAAAGCACCACAGGAUCAGAAGUCCCCUCAGAGUCACAAGCGACGAGUCAGCAGAGCAGAAGAGGCAAUGCAAGAAGCAAUGCGGCAAGCUCAACGACUCAAUGAGAUGAUUGCCGAAGACGAGGCCCGACGCAAACGAGGGUUACCUCCCAAUGAGCCCGAAGAGACCAGCUCCGUGGCGACGACCGAUGCUGGCAUGGUCACACCCACGUCUUCGGACAGCGAUCGUAACCGACCUAAGUCAUUGCUUGAUACAUCGCUGGUCUUCGAUAUCGACGGUAAUGUAGUUCAAUCCACCCUUCCGAGCCCGAACAAGUCAGCGCCAGAGACCCCAAAUAGGUCAACGCCGGUAACCCCAAACAAAGAACUUUCGCAAUUCACAGACUUUGCACAACUAGGCGAAAACGUCCUGGCUCCGCCGCAGACCGUUUCAAGUGCUCCCACACCAGUUGAGGUUAUGGUUGCUGUGCCGCUGACCCUCCAGAACGCUUCCAUAGCCAUCCUCGACCUAGGCAAUGGCAAUGAGAAGGCUAAACUGAAACAGAGACCCAAUAACGAGUAUCUGCUACAAAUUGAACCUGCGUCGCACCGUUAUCCGGGGUGGAUGGUCACACGCCGCUAUGCCGAUUUUGAGCGCCUUCACCAGACGUUGACCAUAAUUGCUCGGAUAUCUGGCGUCCCGGAGUUCGGACAAAUUUAUUCGACACUCCCUGCGUGGAAAGGGGAGACAAGUGCCGCUCUACUUCGGAGUUUGGAGCAAUAUCUCAGCUUCUGUCUGAAAUUCGAACCUCUGGCUGAGACUGAGGUCAUGAAGAAGUUUCUGGAUAAGGAGACCGGUCUACAGAAAGCCCCUGCUCAGAGUAAGAACGUCUUGGUUCAAGGGGGUGCGGCUCUGGAAAACGUUGGCAAGAACUUCAUCAACGUCUUGGGUCAAGGUGGUAAAGGCAUCGCUGGCGGUGGUAAGGCUGUUCUGGGUGGAGUGCAGGGCGUCUUUGGCGCCGUGGCGACAGGUGUCGGUGGAGGGCCUAAAAGACCACGCAGGCCCUCACGGCAACCAUCUCGGACCGACUCCCCUUCGACGCCAAACCAUCAAUCUACCCAGGAAAUUGUCAGUGGCAGCUCGGAAAGUCUUGACCUCAAGGGUCCUCCGCUUCCACCCCGACCCAGGACAGAUUCCGUCUGUACGGACCAGCAGUCCGUGCCAGCACCUGCUCCAGAGCCGAGUCCUCUUCGGGAGAAGAACAUGGACCUCCCACCACCUCCGAGCGUGAUUCCGGACGACUACUCACCUGUCACGCCGUUCAAGCCCGAGACGCCGCCGACGUCGCCCCGUCCCCGGCAGGAUACGAUUGUCGCCAAACCUGUCACACCAUCUCCUGCACGAAUCGUGGAAGAGCCGGAGCUAGAACCGGAACCAGAGCCGGAGCCAGAGCCAGAGCCAGAGCCCGAACCGGCUCCGGAACGAGCACCAGAACCAGAACCAGCGCCGGCGCCCGAGCCCGAGCCCGAGCCCGAGCCCGAGCCAGAGCCAGAGCAAGAAUCAGUGCCAGAACCAGAACUAGAGCCAGAGCUAACGCCAGAGCCCGCGCCGGAGGCAGAGGCUCCCGCCACGCCCAGCCUUUCCCAAACGCCCUCAAGGAGACCGAGGCAAGAAGAUGCGCCGAUUUCAGGGGAAGAGACCCGUAUAUGCAUCGAGCUCCUUUUUGCCGUCCUUACGGAGUUGUACUCGCUUGCGGGUGCGUGGUCUUUACGGUUGUCGUUGCUAGGCGCCGCGAAGACAUUUCUCCUCCGACCCAAUAACCCACAACUCGAGUCAAUUCGGGUCUUACUGCAAGAGGGAGUCCUUGAAACCCAUUUUUCAGACAAAGGUCUCGCAGCACAUAUCGAUAAAUUAAGAAAGAAUACACUGCCAACCCCAGAGGAGAGGGAGAAAUGGCCAAAGGAGCUAACGGCGGAGGAAAAAGAGAAGUUACGGGUCAAGGCGCGCAAAUUGCUCGUGGAGCGAGGUAUGCCACAAGCAUUGACGAGCGUUAUGGGUGCAGCGGCCAGUGGUGAAGCUCUUGGAAGAGUAUUUGAUUGUCUUCAAUUCCAGCAUGUUGCACGCGGUCUUGUUUUUGCCCUGAUGCUGCAAGCCAUCAGGGCGACAACGCAAUGA